AUGCCCAAAAGAGAAUUGUACAAAGCCACUUCUUUAUCAGAUUUGAACAAACUUAUUCCCGUCCCAAUGCGGUUCACAUCCCCUCAAGAAGCUCAGAAAAUCAUGCUUGAAUGCUUUCGCCGGGCAGACGAAUGUCGUGAAAUCGACGAAGAAGUUGCUUACAUUCUAUUCAGGAGAUACUUCGACUUUUACGAGGAGCUUAAAAAGCUAACUUCCGGAAGCAAGGCCAAGGCGACUGUCUUCACUCCCAGUUUCAAAAAACAGUGCUUGUUAGCAAUGGACUACCUGGAGCGUCUACAUGGAAGUUUGAAACUGAGGUAUGACAAUUUGCCGAAAAGACGCAGCCCAACUCCUCUUCGACUUCCAUCUCCGCCUCGAGAUCCAAUUUUAGAGAUCAAGACCACAGAACAAAAACCGUCGUGUGAUACAGAAUCUUCCAUGGCCCCGUCGAAAAACGAUGGUUGGAUUUCGGUGGAAGAAUUGGCUGGUCUUUUGAAACGGAAAUGUAACGUUCUUGUGAUUGAUAUUCGACCGGAGGAAGAGUACAACGAGUGCCAUCUGAAAUGGAAGCAGUUGUUAAAUGUUCCUGCGGAUAGAUUUCUACUGACCGGGACGACCUUUAGCCAGUUGUCCUCAAAAAUUGUUCAGGGCCCUUAUAAAGACCUGUGGAAUCGUCGAGGAGAAGCUGAGGUUGUUGUGCUGGUCGACAAGGAAUCUGGUGCGGAGGACUCCACUGAGAAGCCGGUUGAAAAAGUGUUGCCCAGGACACAUCCGUUGCGUCUGCUGAAAGAUGCACUUUUCAAGUGGGAUGCACAGCGUGUUGUCACGAAAGAGCCUCGUUUGGUUUUGGGCGGCAUGCAUCAGUUCCUGUUGCGUUACGCACCUUUGACUAGCAACCCACAACACCGUAUGGAGCUGGUCAACCGGUCGGACGAGGGACGCGUGAAUCUCCCGACGGAGACGACCGCUGCCGAACCCGCUCCAGUGGAGGAUAGUUCGGAAGACACAUUGGCUACACUCGACUUAGAUGAGCGGUUGCGCAAACUUCGCAUAGUCAAGCCAAAAACCAGCAUUGCUUGUCCAAUUCCGCCUGAAGCUGAUAAAGAGAAGGUGCCAAAAAUUGAUCGAAGUCGCAAACCUGGACUGAAUUCACCGUCGUUAUCGGCGGCGGCCCUCUCAACUUUGGCGGGAACACCAGUUAAUGGACCUGACACUUCCGAAUCUUCGUUGGCUCAAUCGAAACGGGUGUCGUCAGAUGAGACCGUUGGAAUGAAGAUUCCAACAUCUGGAACUGACCUUGGCACCCCUGCAUCAAUCCAUUCAGUAGCCUCACAGCCCCAAAUGACGGAUAGUUCUGUCCCAGCUGCACUAAACGGUUCUACAGAACCCCUACCCCAGUUUCCCUCUUGUCAUCUCCGACCCACCGGUUUGCGAAAUCUUGGCAACACUUGCUAUAUGAAUGCCGUGUUGCAGUCUCUCGCACACACUCGCGCUUUGGCCACCUUCUUUCUCCGUGGACUGGACGACAAUUUCAUGAACAGGACUAAUCCUUUGGGAUAUGGAGGCACCGUGUCCACACAUUUCCGGCGAUUGUUCACCGCUCUUUGGUCAAAACUGGAUUGUUAUGAGGAUUUGACCGAAUUUAAGAAAGUCGUCGGCCGAGCGCGAUCCACUUUCGCUGGUUCAGAACAACAGGAUAGCCUCGAGUUCCUCAUUUUCCUGCUGGAUGGGUUGCAUGAAGAUAUGAAUGAAACAAAUUUCAUACUCAUUCUGUUUUUCCUCUCACUCAGGGAACUCGGACGAUUACCACAGGUGACGNCGGAGGACAGAAUUAGAAGCAAUACGCAGAGGAGAGUUUUCCCCUUCUGUGUCACUGAACCCCUACCCCAGUUUCCCUCUUGUCAUCUCCGACCCACCGGUUUGCGAAAUCUUGGCAACACUUGCUAUAUGAAUGCCGUGUUGCAGUCUCUCGCACACACUCGCGCUUUGGCCACUUUCUUUCUCCGUGGACUGGACGACAAUUUCAUGAACAGGACUAAUCCUUUGGGAUAUGGAGGCACCGUGUCCACACAUUUCCGGCGAUUGUUCACCGCUCUUUGGUCAAAACUUGACUGUUAUGAGGAUUUGACCGAAUUUAAGAAAGUCGUCGGCCGAGCGCGAUCCACUUUCGCUGGUUCAGAACAACAGGAUAGCCUCGAGUUCCUCAUUUUCCUGCUGGAUGGGUUGCAUGAAGAUAUGAAUGAAUUUCCCUCUUGUCAUCUCCGACCCACCGGUUUGCGAAAUCUUGGCAACACUUGCUAUAUGAAUGCCGUGUUGCAGUCUCUCGCACACACUCGCGCUUUGGCCACUUUCUUUCUCCGUGGACUGGACGACAAUUUCAUGAACAGGACUAAUCCUUUGGGAUAUGGAGGCACCGUGUCCACACAUUUCCGGCGAUUGUUCACCGCUCUUUGGUCAAAACUGGAUUGUUAUGAGGAUUUGACCGAAUUUAAGAAAGUCGUCGGCCGAGUACGAUCCACCUUCGCUGGUUCAGAACAACAGGACAGCCUUGAGUUCCUCAUUUUCCUGCUGGAUGGGUUGCAUGAAGAUAUGAAUGAAGGAACUCGGACGAUUACCACAGGUGAUGAGGAGGAUGUGGAUGAAGAACACCUGGAUCCCAAAGAACGCUCUGUAAAAGCCUGGGAAGAUUACCUUCGCCGGAAUAAGUCGGUGAUUGUCAGCUCUUUUCAGGGUCAGCUACUCUCGUCAAUACAAUGCUGUGUUUGUCCAAAACGAUCAUCUCGGUUCGAUGCCUUCAUGUGUCUUUCACUACCCUUACCAAGCUACUCAUCGUGCAAUCUACAGCUCGCUAUGACCGUUUUGAUUUUUUUAUUAUUAAUCUAUCCCGAUUGGUUUCUCUUGAACAGGUUCCAUUACGUCAACGACGAGUGGCAGAAACGAACUACUUACGUGCGCUUCCCAGUCGAUAGUUUCCAGCUGCAACAGAAUUCUCCUAGCUACGCUCUCUAUGCUGUUGUGGUAGGUAAUCUUUCGCCUUCAUCCUUAUACCCAUACGCCUGCCUCUAUUUUCCGACCACUUUGGUUAAACGAUGUCAACCUCCAGCAGAUCUCGCUAUGACCGUUUUGAUUUUUUUAUUAUUAAUCUAUCCCGAUUGGUUUCUCUUGAACAGGUUCCAUUACGUCAACGACGAGUGGCAGAAACGAACUACUUACGUGCGCUUCCCAGUCGAUAGUUUCCAGCUGCAACAGAAUUCUCCUAGCUACGCUCUCUAUGCUGUUGUGGUAGACUCCACAGUACUCGCAUAUGUUAUGAAGCUACUCAAUGAACGGCAUCACUAUGGAGCAGAAUUACUUCUCCUUUCCAUUGAUGAAGGUAUCAGCGGCUACAGAGAUGAGUCGCUGGAGACUGUAAAGCGCAACCAGAUGCAGUAUGAUCUUCCACUGACAAUCUUAUCCUACGAGGAUCUCUUCGGUUGGUCAAUGGAUGCUAUUGUUCAGAAGGUCGGCAACAAACGCAAUUGUACAUUUUGUGGGAUCUUCCGUCGUCAGGCUUUGGAUAAAGGGGCUCUAAUGCUACAAGCGACCAAGAUUUGUACUGGUCACAACGCCGACGACGUAGCAGAAACAGUGCUUAUGAAUAUCCUCCGCGGUGACGUCGGUCGGUUGAAACGCUGUACCGCCAUUGUAACGGGUUGCGACGGUGUGCUUCCUCGAUUCAAACCCUUCAAGUACACCUACGAGAAGGAGAUAGUAAUGUAUGCUCGUUUGCACAAUUUGGACUAUUUUUCCACUGAAUGCAAAUACGCCCCGAAUGCUUACAGAGGCUAUGCGCGAACAUUUCUAAAAGAUUUGGAACGCUUCAGACCUCGGGCGAUUCUUGAUAUUAUUCAUUCAGGAGAACAAAUGGCAAUUUCCCAAGAUGUCAAGAUACCUGUUCAAGUGAAUCCAUGUAAUGGUCCCGUGGUCCCACGAAAUAUAUUGACGAUAGCCCGUCAGUUGUUUACAACCAGCACCGAACCUAGUAGUUCGAUACAAACGGUGGCCAAACGAGAAGGUGUACGUUGCUUCCUUGCCAACGCACGUGAUUUUGCCAUGUACAGGUUUCGGAUGCAAUUCUUAAAUCCACUUCACCUUUGCACGAGUAGGUGGUGUCAAGCCGUAUACCAAUGUUCAACUUGA